AUGUCUGUAAGCGGAAUUUUAAUAUCCGUCGCUGUUGUUCUCCUUUUAUAUGCCUGGCGAUUAUUCUAUAAAAAUAUAACCUAUUGGAAAUCUCGUCAUAUUCCCUGUGAUCCACCCCAUUGGUUGGUGGGAAAUUUAAGAGGAGUGGUAAUUCAGAGACCCUUUUCACAAGUAUGGCAAGAAUAUUAUCUGAAAUAUCGGAAUGCAGGACCAUUUGCUGGAUUCUAUUGGUUUACCAAACCGGGAGUAUUUGUUGUGGAUCCCAAGCUUAUAAAGUUGAUACUCAUUAAAGACUUCGCGAAAUUUGCCGAUCGUGGUAUGUAUUGCAAUGAGGCAGAUGAUCCGCUGACGGGUUCCUUGUUCAAUUUAUAUGGUCAACAUUGGCGUUUUAUGCGUAAUAAAAUAACACCAACAUUUACAUCGUCCAAAAUGAAGGCAAUGUUUCCAUUGGUUAGGCGGGAGGCCCAAGAACUUGUGAAGCUAUUUCGGGAAAAUAUCGCCAUGGAUCCCAUUUUAGAUAUAAAAGAGUUGAUAUCACGCUUUACCAUCGAUGUCAUUGGCAGUUGUGCCUUUGGCAUUGAAAUAGAUAGUAUGCGUAAACCGGAUGCCGAGUUUCGGAAAAUGUGUCGCCGAGCCUUCGUGGAACAACGUCCAGGAAUUGCCUUACGUUUUAGUUAUCCUCAAUUUGCACGACGUCUGCACCUCAAACAAACUAUGGCCGAUGUUGAGAAAUAUUUUAUGCGAAUUGUAAGAGAUACAAUGCAAUGUCGUGAGGAGAGUUCGACAAGGCGUAAUGAUUUUAUGGAUCUAUUGAUUGAUUUGAAGAACAAUAAAGGGGAGGAUGGUUUGCCGACUCUGAGUUUUGGUCAGGUUGCUGCCCAGGUAUUUUCUUUUCUAUUGGCUGGUUUUGAAACCUCCUCGACACUUAUGGGAUUUGCAUUGUAUGAAUUGGCCCAACACGUGCAGGAGCAGGAAAAGGUUCGGCAAGAAAUUAGAGGGGUACUCGACAAGUAUGACCAGGAAUUUAGCUAUGAUUGUAUGAAGGAAAUGGUGUAUUUGCAGCAAAUAAUUCAGGAAACAAUGCGCCUCCAUACCUCCCUCUCGGUACUCAAUCGCAUGGCCUUGGAAGAUUAUGUGGUACCCGAUCACCCGGACUAUAUUAUACGCAAAGGAAUGCCAAUAUUAAUACCCUCCGCAGCCAUACAUCGUGAUGAACGUUAUUACCCCCAGCCAGAAAAAUUUAAUCCCGAUAAUUUUUCCCCGCAAAAAAUCACACAACGUGAUCCGAUACUCUAUCUACCAUUUGGUGAGGGUCCACACAAUUGUGUUGGUAUGCGUUUUGGUAAAAUGCAAGUUAUCAUUGGCUUGGCAUUGCUCCUGCGCAAUUUUCGAUUUUCUAUAUGCGAUCGAACUAUGAUACCCAUGGAAUAUGAUAAGCAGAGCUUUUUGACAUCACCGUCAGGGGGGAUAUAUUUAAGGGUCGAUAUUAUUCUGUUCAGUAUUCUAUUCACAUUGUUGGUUUACAUCGCUCAUCUCCUACGUGAACAUUUUAAUUAUUGGCACAAUCAGGGUAUACCCUGUGAGCCACCCAAUUGGCUGCUGGGAAGUCUGUCCGGCCUAUCCACCACUCGUUCCUUCAAUCAAAUCAUAUUGGAAUAUUAUGAAAAAUAUCGCAACUUCUCGGGUCCCUUUGUGGGUUUCUAUUGGCUGCAUAAGAAGGCGAUUUUUGUAUUGGACCCGGCACUCAGCAAACAGAUACUCAUAAAAGAUUUCAAUAAAUUUGCUGAUCGUGGUUUCUAUAACAAUGAGGAGGAUGAUCCGCUGUCGGGGCAGUUAAUUAACCUAAAUGGCAACAGAUGGCGCAACAUGCGUAAUAAAUUAUCGCCAGCCUUUACUUCGGGACGUAUAAAGGCAAUGUUCCCCUUAGUGUUGCAGCUGGGUUAUGAAUUGGUGGAAGUGGUUGGGGAGAGACUACUGCGGAAGGAGGAAAUUAUGGAAAUGAGAGAUCUGGCUGGCUAUUUUACCACAGAUGUCAUUGGCACCUGUGCCUUUGGUCUGAAUAUGAACUGUAUGAAAAAUGAGGAUGUUGAAUUUUUGCAAAUGGGUCGCAAGGCCUUAAGUGAACAACGUUAUGGUAACUUGGGCAUAGUAAUGCGUUUUAGUUUUCCCGAGCUAUGUCGCAAACUGCACAUCAAGGAAACCCUACCGGAAGUGGAAAAUUAUUUUAUGAAAAUUGUCAAAGACACAGUGGAUUAUCGUGAGCGGGAGAAAGUUCGGCGUAAUGAUUUUAUGGACAUGUUAAUUGAUUUGAAAAAUCAGAAAUUAUUUAAGGAGGAGGAGGAGGGAGAGGGUGAGUUGACGAAUUUAUCAUUUGGUCAAAUUGCUGCCCAGGCUUUUGUGUUCCUUCUGGCGGGUUUUGAGACCUCAUCGACCACCAUGAGUUUUGCUCUCUAUGAAUUGGCGCAGAAUUUGGAUGUGCAGGAGAAGGCAAGGGAGGAAGUUUGCCGUGUUUUGGAAAAUCACAACGAUGUGUUUGAGUAUGAAUGCCUCAAGGAAAUGGUGUAUUUGGAGCAGGUGAUACAGGAAACUUUGCGUCUCUACACCACCAUACCGACCAUCAAUCGCUUGGCCUCUGAGGAUUAUGUGGUACCGGAUAAUCCCAAAUAUGUUAUCAAGAAAGGCAUGUCAAUUGUUAUACCCGCUGCUGCCAUACAUCGUGAUGCGCGUUAUUACCCACAACCGAAUGAAUUUAAUCCUGACCACUUUAGUCCUACCGAAGUUGCCAAACGUGAUUCCGUCUUGAAUUUAUCCUUUGGUGAUGGACCCCGCAAUUGUAUUGGUAUGCGUUUUGGUAAAAUGCAAUCAAUGGUCGGUUUGGCAUUACUCUUGAAGAAUUUCCGUUUUGCGGUUUGUGAGCAGACUCAAAUUCCCAUUGUGCUGGAUAAGAAAAGUAUUAUUGUUGCCCCGGAGAAGGGGAUCUAUUUGAAAGUUGAGAAAAUAUGA